CGGGGCGGGGCGGCGCGCGCUCCCUCGCUGGCGGGGCAGCGGGGCCGGCCCCGGGCGGGCGGGGAUGGCGCCUCCUCCGCCUUCGCCCCAGCUGCUGCUCUUGGCAGCCCUGGCGGGGCUCCUGGGCCCCCGCGAGGUGGUGGCUGAGCCGGCGGAGGAGGCGGGAGCCCGGUGUCCCGAGGGCCUGUGGCCUCUACCCCCACAGGUGUCACCAAGAGUGGCCUACACGCGGAUGAGCCCACAGCAGGCUGAGGGCGUCAGCUUCCUCUACCACCCCUGUGCCCACCCCUGGCUGAAGCUCCAGCUGGCCCUCCUGGCCCACAUUUGUGUUGCCCAGCCCUCUCUGGCCCCUGACUCCAGCCUCACUCAGGAUCGGCCUCUGGUGCUGGCAGCAUGGGGGGUGGCGCUGGAGAUGGCAUGGGUAGAGCCAGCCUGGGCUGCCCACUGGCUGAAGAGGAGGCGGCGGAGGAAGCAGAGGAAGGCAUGGUUCCUCUCUGACAGCCUUUCUGGACCCUCUCCCCUGGUGCCAACCCCCCGCAGAGGGCAGCUGUGCCGGAGAGGGUGUGUGAAGGCCCUGGCUUUGGCCUUUACUCUGCGGAGCUGGCGGCCCCCAGGUGCAGAGGUGGCAUCUAGAAGGCCCAGGCAGCUCUCUCCUGGUGGUGUCAAGAGGCGUGGGUUGCGAGCUGCCCUUGGUCUCCAGCCCAUCCCCUCAGCCCUGAGGUUCCCCUCUGCUUUCCCACGGAGCUUGGAGGCCAAGCAGCCCAUGUUGGGAACCCCCGGUGAAGGGGGUAAUGCCCCAUCUGUGCCUACUGCCCCCCUGCUGCCUGGGGGGCCUAGAGGCAAUGCCAGCUCCAGGAUAGAGGCUCAGCUGCCCAAAGGGCAGAGCAGCCCUGGGGGCUGUGCCUGUCCAAGUCAGGCUUCCCCCGCCCCGCGGGCAGCAGCGCCUCCGCGGGCAGCCCGGGGCCCCACCCCGCGCACGGAGGAGGCCGCCUGGGCUGCCAUGGCCCUGACCUUCCUGUUGGUGCUGCUCACCCUGGCCACGCUCUGCACUCGGCUGCACCGAAACUUCCGACGCGGGGAGAGCAUCUACUGGGAGCCCACAGCGGACAGCCAGGACACAGUGGCCGCUGUGCUGAAGCGGAGGCUGCUGAUGCCCCCGCGCCGGGUCAAGCGCUCCCGCCGGAGACCCCUCCUCCCGCCCACGCCGGACAGUGGCCCGGAUGGGGACAGCUCCAACUGACCUACCCCAGCCCUGCCACUGUGGCAGUCCGGUUCCUCCGCCCGCCGGGAGGCCGCGACCUCUGCCACGUGGACCGCGCGCAGGGCCGCCCCCUGGUGGCCGGCUGGCGCAGUCCCGGCUAAGCGUUGCGAAGGGGCUGGUCCUUAACGUGAUUUGCGGGAGGGGUGGCCCAGGGAGCAAAAGGCCUAGUUCAGCCUCCUUUGUCUGUAUUUCUAAUUAAAUUAUUUUAGUAGAAUCUGGA